CCGCACCAUGCCUCUAGUCCUUGGAACGCUGCUGCUGCUGUGUCCAGAUCUAAGAGGGAGCCAAGCCUAAUACUGGGAAAUCCCUGCCUGCUUAACAGCCGCCCUCUUGCUGCCACCGGCCCCUGAUCACUGGAAGAUGAAGGGCACGUCUAUCGCUUCUUUCUUGCUGCUGGCACUGGCGGUGCCCUGGAAUGUGGAAAACCGAGUCGAAGGACAACCCAAAGCACCUGUGAAAUGCAAAAAAUUAUGCACCGAAUUUUCACAAAAAAGAAUACCCCAGAAGCUGUUGAAGACCUAUAGGAAGACAGAACCAUCAUGUCCUAAAGCCGCUAUCAUAUUUGUCACUCAGAAGAAUAAAGAGUUCUGUGCAGAUCCAGAGGCGAGCUGGGUGAAGGAAGCAGUCCGACAGCUAAACCAAGCAAGUGCCCCUCUGAAUCUGCCACUUUCAAGCACCGUCACUUCUGCAGUUGUGGGAAAAGGGCCAGGCGUUUUUCACAGACUCGUUGGUGAUACUGUCUCUAAACCAACACAGCCCAGUGUUCCGGCCAAUCCCAUUCACGGGGCUGGCACACCAGGUUCUACAAAAUCCUCCUCUGCAUUACAAGAGACUGUUACUCCAUCUACUAUCCACCCUGAGCCUGUUGUCAAUGGCAGCGAAGUUUCCAUAAAAUCUAUUACAACGCCAGCAGCUGACGUACCAGACAGCACUUCCAGCAGAUUUCAUUCAGUUCCCACCCCUGUCAUGAAAAGCUCUGAGAGUUUCGUAGAAUCUAGAAACAAGUCCACAGGAUCUAUCAGUCCAACAACUGAUAUAUCUGGCACAGCUCCCAGGAGAUUUAAUUCAGAUCCCACCCCUAUCAUCAAAGGGUUUGAGAGUCCCAUACGACCUACAUACAAUUCUGUAGGCUCUACUAGGAAUCAAACAGCUGAUGGACUUGCCAGUGCUCCCAGUAGAUUUAUUUCAGAUGCUCCAUCCAUUGUAAAUGGUCGUGCGAUUGCCAAGUUAUCACCUACGUUCUUGACAACACCUUCUCUACUAGAAUCUGUUCCCAGCAAGCCUAUUAUAGGCCUUGCAUCUAUGGGGCAAGUGAUUGAGAACUCUACCAUGAAACCCACAGCUGUUCUAAAAGGAAGUGAUGCCACCCAGGGAUCCACUCCACACCCCACAUCUCCUGGAGGAGAAAGUAGUUCUGUCAGUCCCAACAGUGGUGAUGAAAGAGAUGCUGUUAGUGACUCUACGGCUGAUGCUCGCACAGGUAGCUACUUAUCUCCUUUAGGAAAGAAAGAUCCUCCUCACUCUUUUCCUGAAUCUGUUUCACCUACAGAAAUGUCAGUCCUUUCCUUCAAAAGCCUCAUGAAACCCACAGCUGUUCUAAAAAGAAGUGAUGCUACCCAGGGAUCCACUCCACACCCCACAUCUCCUGGAGGAGAAAGUAGUUCUGUCAGUGGUGGUGAAAGAGAUGCUGUUAGUGACUCUACGGCUGAUGCUCGCACAGGUAGCUACUUAUCUCCUUUAGGAAAGAAAGAUCUUCCUUGCUGUUUUCCUGAAUCCGUUUCACCUACAGAAACGUCAGUCCUUUCCUUCAAAAGCUUCCCACUUCAGAACAGAGCAGAGGGGCCUUCAGAUGGUCCCUUGGUGUCCAGCAUUUUGCCUGCAUCCCGAACCCACAUCCUCAGACUUGCUUUGCUGGCGAGCGUUCUGGGGAUUUGCAGUGCCGCCGUAUGGAUGUAUAUGUAUUUAAAGGUCAAAGGCUGCUCUGGAGACUCCACUAAAGAAACGGUACAAGGCUUGCUCUUUAAUCAGCAGGGCUCUCGAACUAAUGAAUACGCUAUGGAAGUCAUCUGAAUCCUUCAUGGCACGGACUUGGGUUCCUACCGCUAGUAGGUGGACUCUAGGACAUUACUCUAACUGGGAGCAGGGAGGCUAAACCUGGCACUAAUCAGAUUUAUACUGGACUAAGCCAAAAAACAGUGCCAGGCAAAUGGGCCAAGGAAACUCACAGCUUCUGAGUGGAAUGCCAAAAAACACCCAGGGAGCCAAGGGUGACGUUUUAGGAAUGAGUUCCUUGGCUUUUAUCUUGCAUCAUUAUAUGCAAAGGUAACAGCAGUUAUAGAGCAGCUGGUUGCCAGUCGGUGCCAAAGGCAUGUUUCUGAACGGGUAUUGGAAUAGUUCCAUUCCGGCACUAUCCAGCUAAAAACCCAACCAAGCUGCUUUCAAGCUGAACGUUACGCCACCUCGAUCCUCUCCCUGCCUGAAGAGUGUGGUCCCAAACUUUGCAUUUGUUACCCCUCUGCUGGUUCACUCCCUGCACUCUGGAUCCCCAUGUGGUGCCAUUCUGUUCCGAUUCUGUUUGAGUGAUACCUGAGUUGUCACUCAACUGGUUGCUGGUUGUUCCAGUCUUCAAGGGCCAACCAUGCCACUAACUGUUACCAGACCUAACCACUUUGAGUCCAGUUUUCCAAUGUGGCUGCCUAAAGUUAGGCCUCUGAAUCCAGAUUUAGGCAGCUAAACCCCCACCUGAGGCAACUAAGAAUCAGCACUUAGUAGGGUGACCAGAUGUCCCGAUUUUACAGGGACAGUCCCUGGGACUUUAUCUUAUAUAGGUGCCUAUUAUCCCCCACCCCCUGUCCCGAUUUUUCACACUUGCUGUCUGGUUACUCUAGCACUUAGUGACCUAAUUUUCACAGAAUGUUGAGCACCUGCAACUUGACACCUGUGAAAAAUCAGACCAGGGUUGGCUAAAACAAGAAUUAAGGUGUCUAACUAUGGAUUCAGGGGACUAACUUUAAACACCCACAUUGAAACACUGGACUCAUUGCUAAUCAAAUCUCUCCUCCAGCUGUGGUCCCUGGACCUAACCAGUUCCUAGCACAGAUGUGAUGUUACAGAACAAAGACAUACUGUUGUAUAUAUAAAAAAGAGCCAUUGUGAUACCGGGAAACAGAAGAAGCCACCAGACAUCAAACAUCUAGUGAUUUUUCUUUUCACUUGGAACCAACGUGGAGUCUGAUUGGUGAGCCGUUCUGUUUGACAGUUACAAAAGACAAUGAAUGGGUAGUUUACUUUCAGAGCGCUGAGUAACUACCAGUAAUACAUUUGGACUUAGGAGGAUAGAAACUACUCUGCUGGAACAGACCAACGGUCCAUCUAGUCUAGUAUUUUGUCUCUGGCAGUGGCCAACACUGGCUGAUUCAGAGGAAGGUGUAACACUCCUACACUAAUGCACCUCUGUCUCUAUCUGUCCAUACAAUCAUAGAAUGUCAGGGUUGGAGGGGACCUCAGAAGGUCAUCUAGUCCAAUCUCCUGCUCAAAGCAGGACCAAUCCCCAGACAGAUUUUUGCCCCAGAUCCCUAAGUGGCCCCCUCAAGGACUGAACUCACAACCCUGGGUUUAGCAGGCCAAUGCUCAAACCAGUGAGCUAUCCCUCCCUCUCAGGCUUAUAUAGAGCAUCUAUCACCAUGGUAUUAAUGCAUUGUAAAGCUACUAGGCAACAGAUUUUUAUGCAAAUGGUUAUUGAUUUUAUACAGCUAGACAUUACAGAAUCUAAGUCCUGUGGGCCAAAUCCUGAAGGUCCCUUACUAAAUUUUUAUUGUCCUCACUCAGGACAAAUUUCCAUUGACCCCAGUAGGACUUUUGCCUGGGUAAGAAAUCGUCAGGAUAUGGGCCACUGUAGCAACACACACAUAUAUAUCACUAAUCCAGUGCUGCGCUUAUUGGCUUCAAUGUGAUCAGGAUUGGAGCUCCAAAAUAUAAAGGUGCGCACGGAAAAAAAAAAGUAAAACAUGUAUAAUAUAACCUAAGACACAUAAAAUGCAGUUGCUUUAUCUGAGUAAUACACUAAGUACAUACAAACAGUAGAACAAGCUAACCACAGCUGAUUCUGUACUCAACUUCUAGGAAAGAAAGAUAGACAAGGCAUAGGUGCUGAGGUUACCCCAAUUAGGAACCAGCAGACACACUGUAUGGGAACUCUGACCCCGAAGCUGGGCUGAUGGGUUUCAUCCCAACAAUAUUUGUUUUUGAUUGAGAUCCAGUUCCCUUCCCCUUGGGUGUUGGUUUUGUAAAGGGGGCUGGAGGUAACUUGGUACGAGGGAUUCAGAGUGUGAUCAGAUAUGGUGUAUACUUGAGUUUUCUGUGUGAAAUUCAGCCCUGUGCAGAGGGCCGGCACCCAAUGACUAAUGCAUUACUUUAGCCUAUUUGGAAGUACAUAGGCCUUCAUGCACGGGGGUGAAUUUAGCCCUAUGGGAAUAGUAACCCAUAGCUUGUCAGAAUGAUGUACAAAGGAUAGUCCUUUAAAUACAAAAUUUAGCCUAUUAUUUUUAUAGUACCUAUCUUUAGAAAUGUAAUGCAAAUGCAGGGUGCAGGCUACUGAUCUCCUAACCCGUCCCUUGUUCGUGAACAUUAGCAAUGCCUGGGACUGAUUGAUGUCUUCGGUACAAAACUGUGUCCUCUUGGUGUCCUAGCAAGGAGGGUUCUAGCAAUGAUCAUGGACUUCAUCACAGAAUAGCUGGAGUUCGAUACUGCAGGAAGGAGGACUGGUGACUGAGCAGCUAUUGUCUUCCCUCUUCCCACUAAGCCAGUUCUGGACUAAUGACCCAGGCGGCCGUUAAGGGGCACUUUGAUGUUAGACCUGCAGACCUAAAACUGAAGUCUGGGCCACUGAAAGAUCCCAUGACACUUUUUGUGAGAGAAGAGGCUUUAGUUCCAGUGUCCUGGCCCAAUGCCAUCUCAGAGAGUUAGAUUCUGCCCCCUACAUUCCUCCUGCGGUUGUUUAUAAAGGGCAUUCUUCUGCUCGAAUGGCUAUUCCUCCUUUCUUGAUCAAAACUGUUAUGGUGCCUUGGGGUGGGUGGCGAAAAGCUGGCACCUUCCAUUUCAGUGGUGGGUGCAGUGACCCUUAGAUGUGGUCUGCACAGGGCAGGAGCAACCCUAAUGCCUCUAGCAGUAGGGUAGUUGUGGAGCAGGUGGGGCAUGGAUGCCCUCCAGCACCAUGCUCCAGCCACUUGGCCCUGCCCUCUUAUCCAGUCCACACUUACCCAGACAGAGUUGAUUGCCCCUGGCUGUAAUCAGUGUCAUUUUUACGCUCAGGGCUGCAAGCAUCCAUAUUGUGUAGGAUAAGGCAGCUAGGGAGUUCUUGGGACAGCUGACUGGCCAGUGUGUUGGUGGAACUUUGGAAUUACUUUCAGCUAAUAACGGGCCAGUACGUUUUUUAAACAGUUGCAGUUUCUUAGCAAAUGCAAGCUCACAUUGGGCCCAAUCCGCCGCCACUGAAAUCAGAGGCGAAUUUUGCCAUUGACUUUUACUGGUGCAGGUUUGGGCUUAUUAUUUCUUUAAAAAAUCCUGCACAAUGGUCAUGUUGGCAGAGUGCGGGAGGACUGACUGUCCAGGGUGGACCUUUGUUAUAUUGGGGUGAUGUGGCUGGAAACUGGAUUUCAAUUGCAUGCUCUGUAGUAUUUAAAGUGUUAUUUAAUUUAAAGCACAAGGUGAAAAGGAUUGGCACGUGCUAAGAUGUAGUAUUGUACCUGGUAAAUGUAUUGUAUUCUGUUUUGUAUUUUCAUAAAAAAAAACCCAAUAAAAUUCUAUGACAAAAGUCAAUGUCUUCAUCAAA